AUGUUUUUUGGCAAGACAGAUCUUCCAAAGGUGGUGGAGUGGCAAUCUUUACCAAGGAACACCUUCAGUGCUCGGUUGUCUCCACCAAGUCUGUCCCCAAACAAUUUGAUUUGCUGGUUUUAAGAAUUAAACUUUCAAAUAGCUCUUUGUUAACUGUUGCUGGGUGUUAUCGUGCACCAUCAGAACCGGCCUGUACCCUAAAUGGCUACUCUCAUUGAUGUUAUCCUCACAAAUAAUCCUGAUAGGUGUCAGUCUGGUGUUUUCUGUAAAGACCUUAGCAAUCACUGUUUUACAGCCUGUGAAUUAAAAACAAGUUCAGCCAUUGGUUCGACCGUGAUCUGGCAGAGUUACUCCACCUCAAGAAUUCCAUUUGGCGAAAGGCUCGGCACACGCAUAUUCAGGCUGACUGGCUCUAGUUCAGGCAAAUGA